AUGUUGAAGUCAUAGCAUCUAAUGAAACCGGAGAAGAGGAUAUGAAUAGUAAUGAUAAACCAAGCGAUAUCUUACCAAUGGCAUUGCUUACUCUCUCGAAUACCCUUGAAUCUAUCGAAACCAAUCCUCUUUUAGAAAGAUACGGGGGAAACAAAUAUUACUGGGUACAUAUCAAGCAUCCAAUGUCAGCCAUAUAUUUUACUAGGGAGAUUAAUUACAUGGACUUUUUUGGUUAUAAUAGCAAGAAUGGUGGAGAAUUAAAAUACACUGAUACUAUAGAAAACAUACAUACUCAACUCAAAAAACACGAUAGUGAACAUUAUGUAUUUGUACCUGAUCCAACAUGGCUCAGUAAACAUAAAAAAACAAAAAAAUAUACCAAAAAAUCAUUGGUCAGAACCAAUAUCAGUACCCUUAUUAGUAAUCGACCAUCUAAACAUACCAGAGAAAUUGUAGAUAUUGAAAACGAAAGAGAG